GGAACUCGGGCUGAUAAUGUGCAAGAGCAGGAAGAUGGGCUCCCCGGGCCCGGGAGUGCAAACCAACAAUUUCGGGAAAUUCAGGGACGGGAAGUGAAAAGGGGUGUGGGGCAGAGAAGAAAGAGCCAACUGCACCUUCUGAUCUGCUCUCCCUCCCAAGUGGUAAAAAUGAGGAAGCCAGGAGAGCUGGAAGGAAGGGCCCAGUGUUGAGGAAGUGGGAUAUCCCAAAGUACAGAGUCCUGGACUUUUAGAUGCAAAAGCGAUAGGAUUCUGCUCACGGGUGUGGAUCUUCCUUUUGUCGCUUCCUACCCCGUCUGUCCCAACUCUAUUACAGCUGCACCAGGAAUCACAGCCUCCGGACUUUCCACAGCUCUGAAAGCUUCAGAGAUCAAGUGGGUGCAAGCAUGACGACGAAGUAUGAGGACCUCCAGUACCUGGAGAGUGAGAAGAAACAGCCAGAGUUUAGAAAUGGGCUGCCUUCCCCUCGGUCCCUCCUGCAGCGUCUCUGCUCUGGAUCCCACCUCCUCCUGCUCGCCCUGGGCCUCUGCCUCCUGCUGCUGGUCCUCGUCUGUGUGACCGGAUCCCAAAAUGCCAAGCUGCGGAGAGACCUGCUGACCCUGAGGACAGAUUUCAGCAACUUCACGUCAAACACCACGGGGGAGGUCCAGGGACUGAAAUCCAAGGAUGCCAACUUGCAAGAAACGGCAGCAUCUCUGCAGGCUAAGGUGGAGGAACACCAGCAGGAGCUCCAAGCAGCCCGCAGCUUGAAUGCAAAGGUUGUGACUCUGGAGUCUAAGCUAGAGGAACAGGGAAAGGAAGCCAAAGCAGAUCAAUCCAACGUGCUCCAGCGAGUCCAGAGGCUGGUGCAAGAACUGAACUCACUGACUUGUCACUUGACUCUCCUCAAGAGCAAUGGCUCACAAAAUUCCUGCUGCCUCCCCAAUUGGCUGGAGCACAGGGGCAGCUGCUACUGGUUCUCUUCGUCCAAGAAGUCCUGGUUAGAGGCCAGGAAGUCCUGCCAGCUGGAGAAUGCCCACCUGGUUGUCAUCAACUCCUGGGACGAGCAGAAUUUUGUUGAGAGUCAUUUGAGCACCUCUUUGAUCUGGAUGGGCCUCAACGACAUUGAUGGAGAAUGGAAAUGGGAGGAUGGGACGGACUAUAAGACUAACUUGAAAAACUGGGCAGAAAGCCAGCCAGAUAACUGGGAAGGGCACGGGCAGGGUGGAGGCGAAGACUGUGCCCAAUUACGCCAAGAUGGCAAGUGGAAUGACAACGUCUGCAGCAAUCCCUACCGCUGGAUCUGCGAGGCUGAAAUGUCAGGGCCAGCUAGGAGAGUCGCCGAGUGAAGUGGCAGGGGAGACUUGUCCCCAGAGACCCCUGACGGAAACUCUAUGGAGGAAGAAUAAGCCCUGGGACACUGGCAACGCUGCCAUCGUUUUGCGUUUUUUCCUGCCUUAUCUUUAAAAAGACGAUCUAGGGUUUUAAGUUUUGUUUUGAGUUUUAAAAGCAAUUUUAUUGAGGUAUAGUUUUCGGGCACUAAACCAUACUUGUUUGAAAUGAAGAGAUGAGUUUUGGCAGAUGUAAAUACCUGGGUAACCACCACCCCAUCAAGAUAUAGAAAUUUUCCAACACCCCAAAAAGUUCCUGCUUCCCCCUCAGUGGUCUAAUCCGCCUCCCUAUUCUCAGGCAACUAAUAAUUGGCUUUCUUCCACUACUGAUGAGUUUUACCUGUUAUAGAAUUUCAUAGAAAUGAAACCAUACAGCUAUACUCUUGGGAGAUCCUAUGUAUUUCUUGUUGCCUGGUUUUUGACAGCCUUAAAAUGACAGAGCAAAGAAGCCAGGUGAGGCCUUGGAAGGUCCCACGCUACCGUGAAAGGAGCAUUAAAUUAUUUUCAUAUAGAUUUGGGUUUAAAUCUUUUCCGUCCCUUAAAAAUUAUGUAAACAGGGUGAUUGGGGAACGCAAUUCUUUAAUUUCUGUGUAGAUUUCAGAGUUGUUUGGAAGAGUAGUUAAGAUCCCCAGAUGUAUUGGUUAGUUUCUGCUGUGUGACAAACCACCCGAAAACUCAGCGGCUUAAAACAAUAAACAUUUAUUUGGGGUCA